UCCCAUAAUUAGGAAUUGGUGUCUAGUAUUCUUAGUAAAAUGUAGUUCAAGUUUAUUUAUUGUAAUUCUAGUACAGAAUACAUUUGUAGAAGGUGGUCUUAGUGGAACGUCAGCCAUUUUGGCCGUCAUACUUUAGAAGUUGUGUCUAGUUAACAUUCUCACCAGAACUCCUAUUUUUUAUUUAUUUUUUAUUAAUUAAUCCAAUCAAUUUUUUUCAGUUAAAGAAUGGCAGCUAUUUUGUCUCUCUUUUCUAGUAAGUUUGUCCUUCCUUUUUUGUUCUUAUAGUGCAGGAUUAAUGUUUGGUUAACACUCUUAGUAGAAAGUUAGCCAUUUUGGCUCGUAUAGCUCAGAACUAAUUUCUAGUAAGUGUUCUUAGUGAAACGUCACCAUUUCGGCUCUAAUUCAUUAACGAUUUAUGUAUUGAUGUUUUUAGUAGAACAUCAGCUAUUUUAGAACUCGUGUCUAGUUUUGGUUCUUGCAGGAUUCAUAUUUAGGUAACAUGCUUAGUAAAAUGUCAGACCUUUUGGCCUGCCAUCGUUUAACAUUUGUCUCUAGUUGUUCGAAGAAUAUUGGCCAUUUUGGCUCUCGUACUCAUAAUUCAUUUCUAGUUUAUGUUUAUCAGCCACUCCGGCUCUGAUAUACCGGAGCUGACGUCAUAGAACCUCUUCUGAUUAUUACUUCCUUUCACCAUGCCCAGAGAAAUGUCUCCAGAUGAGCUGGUCUACCUGGGGGUCAUCACCGCAUCCAUACCUGUGGGGUUCCUGUUCCGCCACCUCAGUCCUGCAGUAAAGCAGAGGGCAGCACUGAGUUUGGGUCUCCUCAUUACCAUUGCUACAUGCGGGAUUCACGUUUUACACUCCGUGUGCACCGUGCUGGGAACAUGGCUGAUUAUACGAGUCAACUGGAGGAGAGCCCCGGCCCUUUCUCUCGGAUGGACAUUCCUUUAUCUUUUAUUCUUCCGUAUGGUCACGUGGUUCGGACUUCCUUCUCCAUCACCGUUCGCUAAUGCCAUCCAGCUUCUCCUCACACUGAAGAUGGUCAGUUUGGCGUACGAGGUUCAGAGCUAUCACUUUGAAAAGAAAAAAGAAGUGAGCUCGUUCUCCAAGUCGCCCGUGAUUGGCCGUCUGGCUCGGGAGCCCUCGCUGUAUGACAUCAUCUCCUACAGCUACUGCUACGUCGGAGUCAUGACAGGGCCGUUCUUCCGUUAUCAGACGUAUGUGGACUGGCUCGAACAGGCCGAGCCGCUCUCGCUCCCGUGUAAAGCGCCGUGCCUGAACAGGUUAAAGAUGGUUCCCGUUUACGCCGCUUUCUUCAUAAGCGUUAACUUCCUCUUCCCGUUGUCUUAUGUUCGCACCGACGACUUCCUCGAGCACAACUUCUUCUACCGGUUUUUCUACAUGGUGGCGGUGUUUUUCGUGUUCCGCAUGCGGUUUUACUCAGCGUGGUGCGGAGCCGAGGCCGGCUGCAUCACCGCGGGACUCGGGUGUUACCCAAAGGGGGCGGAGUCUAAACCUGGAGGCGGACCUACAGUACAAUAUAGCCCUGAACCCGGUGCUCUGGUCGAGUACGACUUCAGAACCAUCCAAAACAUCGACUGCUACAAUACGGACUUCUGUGUGAAAGUGCGACACGGCAUGCGCUACUGGAACAUGACGGUGCAGUGGUGGCUUCACCAGUACAUCUACAGCAGCGCACCGUUCAGAGCCUACGCCCUGAGAGCGGGAUGGACCAUGUUGGUAAGCGCGUACUGGCACGGGCUGCACGCAGGUUACUACCUGUCGUUCCUCACCAUCCCCGUGUGUAUCGCGGCAGAGCUGGCGAUGGAGUCAUGCGUGCGCACACGUCUCGGCUCUAGGGGGCAGCAGGUGUUCGACUGGGUGCACUGGUUCCUGAAGAUGCGCGCGUACGACUACAUGUGCAUGGGCUUCGUCCUGCUGAAGGCCAGCGACACGCUGUACUACUGGAGCUCCAUCUACUUCCUGAUCCACGGCGUGGCGUUCGUCUGCAUCGCCGGCGGGAGGCUGAUGGGAGGAGGAAGGAAGGAGCGGCCGAGGACGGAGAACGACAAGUGACGCUCCUCUUAGCGCAAACUGCCGAACGAGUUCUGCGGUGCAUUAUGGGAUUGUGUGUAAGAACUGCAAAUCCCAGCAUGCACUGCUUCCGUGCCAAGUACAAUUAACAUUUUAGCCCCUGUUUCAGCUCUGUUUUUAGCACACACUCUCACUCCAAGCGGAAAUGAAUAAAAUAAAGGAAAGAGUUGAGGAAAGGGAAUAAAGAAAAUUAACAGACAGAAGAAAGAAAUUAAAAAAAAGUUUAUAGAAGGAACAAAAGAAGGAAAUAAUUUUUUUUAUUGGAUAAGGGAAUUAAAAACACAACGGUGAGAUGAUAAAGAAACAUAGAGGAACGAUAGAGAUAGAGGAACAUCAAAAGGAAAAUAAAGGAAUGAAGGGCAGAAAGAUUGAACGAUAGUAGUUUAGACAUUAAAAUAAGGAAAUAGAAAAUCAAAGACGCAUACAUGGAACAAUGAAAGAAAGCUAGAAGGCUCUAUGUAUGAAAAGGAAAAAGAAAGAUGCAUCGCUUGGCCUGAUGAAGAUUUGUGUUGUGUUAAAAACAGAACUGAAACGGGGGAUGAACGGAUUUUGACGUUUCUGUGCUCUGAAUGUCCUAAAAGACGAAAUAGAUGAUGGACAGAUGGAGGGAGGAAACAAAAACAGAUAUACUAAUACUAAUUCAGUUACCGGUGUACAAUUACUUCAUCUCCCAGCAUGCACUGCACAUUAACGCUGUCUGUUGGACCAGGACAGUUUAUCAUUACAAAAAAGAGUUUAAGAACUCCAUAUCCCAGAGUACACUGCUUCUAUAACAACAGCAGUGUUGUAGGAAAAAAAAAAAGUAAUUGUCACUUACUUCACCGGUUUCCCCAGAAUGCACUGCUGUAAUGCUGCCAUUUCUCAUUUUUUUUAAAAAGCAUGUCAAUGUUUACAUUAGAAAAAGUGUUAUGCUAGUGAGUAUAACUUGCCAAAAGGAAACUACAUCUCCCAGCAUGCACUGUGGCUGUACUAACUGCCCAUCUACAUCCAGUAUUGUUCAGAAAAAGGCAAAAGUGAUAUGAACAAUGAAAGAAAUUCAUACCCAACAUGUAAAGACUACAUUACCCAUCAGGCACUGCUUCUGCACCAAUCAGUCAACUCUGCACUGUCGUAGGAACAGAGGUGAUCAGGGAUCAUGUGACGGACCACGUGUAGUGCUUCAGCAACGGAAAGUGAAAGUUUAAGCGAUUCAAUGUACGUGUUUAGUCCGAGAAUUUUACCAGAGUUCUUGGGAUUUGGAGUCCAUCUUUGUAACAUAGCACUUUUAUUUUACUGGGGUUUACUAUAUAUUAUUGUAUUUGUUUAUGGGUCUGAAAAUUUUAAUAAAUUUUUCUGUCAAUCUGCUCUAUACUUAAACCUUGCUUUACUGGAACAUUCUUUAUACAGAGCCUACUUUCUGUCAUGACACAACACAGCGAUUUUUAGAAACAGAAAUUUCCGUAAAACAGGUUUCUAAGUCUGUGAUGCAAGUGUCGUUUUGCUUUUCACAGAAAAAUGUUUCCGUAUUUCUGUCACUCCAUCAUGUUGAAUAUGAACGUAAACCUUGUGUGUAUUUUUAAAUAUUUUAAAGAGUUAAAAAAUGUUUCGCUGUUUUCACUAUGAUUUGACUAAACAGUUGUGAAAUUGAUAUUAAAAGUUCAAGUUGG